AUGGGAGGAACGCCACCAGCCACCGCCGCCGUCGCCGAGCUAGUGGAAAGAGCGCCGCCGCCUCUGGAACCACCGCUGCCGACGGGAUGGCCGUGCCGCCGCCGGAUGCACGGGAGGGGUCGUGCUGCAGCCGCCGCCACCAGAGGGGGCAGUGGGAGGGCGAGCCACGGUCGAUCCAGCGGGGGAGGGGGCUCGCCGCCGCCGCCACCACCACCGGAGGGGAAGGGGAGGGCGCGUCGUGGUCCGGGGGCGCGGUGCCUUCGUCAGUCGUCGUCGCCCAAGCGUGAGCUCAAAAACAGAGAGGACUAG